CAGGGUUAGUAUAAAAUUAUUUUUUUUAUAUUAUUUUUCUUUAAAAGUUUUACCCUUUCAAGAAAUAAUUUUUUUUGUAUUUAGUAAGAAAUUAAGUUAACAUUCAAGUAAGAAAAAUGAGAAUUAUAAUUAACGUAAAAAAUGCAUGAUUUUUGGUCCACCCUAAUCUUUCAAAACAACACCACGUGGCUGGAAAAUUGUAAACAAAAUGGACCAAAAGGAAGAAUCUCUGAAUUGUAAAAUCUUCAAUUUCCUGCGUAAGGAUGGGUGUUGUCUUAUUUGCUGCCUCAGGUACCUCAAAGGACACGGCAAGGAACUUCUUGAUGUUAAAUCUUCACUUGAAAAGAGAGGUAUUGUGGUUCCAGAAGAUGGACAAAAUGUUGUUCAUCCAUGUCCAUGCUGCCUGAAUCUCUUCAGUGAGCACUGUUUGUACGGAACUCUCUGCAGGAUUCGCAAAAAGGAUGAUUUCUGCAAAUUCUUCUGUGAGAAGUUUGUUCUUUCGUUCUGCCUUCCAGUUGGACUGGAUAUUCGGCAACUUAUCAUCUGGAUGAAGCUUAUAGGAGAGUUUGGGGAUGUCAUUAGUAAAGAUGAACGAAUGGACACAACCCCAAAAGAUGCUCUUAGGUCCAUCCUCAUACCGCAGAUUUGUGAAUGCCUCAAGGCAGAGUAUGACCGGGAAGGUGUGAUGAUUACACUGACCUACAGAUGUAAAAUUGAUGAAGAUGAAUCUGCAGCUUUGGCCAAAAUUAAACCAGAAUGCUUUCAGCAAAAGAAGGAAAACAAGAAAAUCAAGACAGAAUUAAAUCGAACAGCUGUGGAGAAAUACCUUGUGCCAUCGCGAUUGCGUCAGGAUGAAUGGGAGGGAAUUCUGAAGAUUCCACAAGCGUGUGAAGAUUCAUUUGUGGCAGUUGAAAUAACCUACACCGGCCCCACGGUUUUCGUAGCUGGAAGGUAUCAGAAAUUCUCCCGGGAGCUCAGUCAAACCCCGUGGAUUCUUCAGGGUGAACGAAUGGUGAUGAAUAGCGUCCAGGAGAUCAUCGAAGGCAGCCUCGUGGGAUAUUUUACCGAUAGGCCGAUGAAAGAAAGCAAAAUUUGCUUCUCCGCUAGUGGCAGGGAAGACGUGGAUGUUCGAUGCUUGGGCCGGGGUAGGCCCUUUGUGUUGGAAAUCACCAAUUCCUACAUCUCAGAUAUUAGCCCAGUGGCUGGGCGUGCUAUUGAGGAGAACAUCGCCAAAUCCGGUCAUGUGGCAGUCACGCAUCUCCAGGUAGUCGAUCGAGCAGAAGUGGUGCGUAUCAAGGAGGGUGAGGAGAGCAAGAAGAAAAUGUACAGAGCACUGUGCCUGCUGGAAUCUCCCGCCACGGUGGAAAUCAUGAAGAAGUUGAACAUCUCAGAGGAGUUCACAGUGCAGCAAUUCACACCAAUUCGCGUUUUGCACCGGAGGGCUCUCAUGACGCGACCAAGAAUCAUCUACAGCGUAAAAGCGAGACUCUCCAAAGACCACAAUUGUCUCCUCGUGAUCGACAUUCAGACACAGGCGGGCACGUAUGUGAAGGAGCUCGUGCAUGGAGAGUUUGGACGUACACAGCCGAGCCUGGCUACCAUUAUUGGGCAGAAGAUUGACAUUCUUUCCCUCGAUGUGACGGACAUUGAUCUCGAUUGGCCCAAACCUGUGAACUAUAUGCACUGAAAGAUAAUACGGAAAUUGUAGGAAAAAUUAAGAAAAUCUAAGAUAAAUGUUGAGAAUGUAAAAGGAGGAAAAAUAAAGUAAAUUUUUCACGUAAA